GUGUUGUGCGCUCUUCAGAGCGGACGCAUGGCUCUGAUGUCGUGUCAUGAUGAUGGGACACUCUCUUGUUUCCAGCAGGCUGUCAGGAUGUUCCAGAGGAAGAAGAAGAAGAAGAAGAAGAGGAGGCUGGAGAUCUCCACACCGAGGAACUUCGAGCACAGGGUGCACACGUCCUUCGACCCGGUGCAGGGCUGUUUCGUGGGACUGCCGCCCCAAUGGCAAAGCAUUAUAGACACGCUCCGGAGACCCAAACCUGUGGUGGACCCCUUCAGCUUCACACAGGUGCAGCUCAAGCCCCAGAGGAGCAUUGUUCGCGGCAGCUUCAUCGGACAUGAGGACUACAUUUCUGCAGCGAUCGCUGAGAUGAGUCGACUCUCUGUGUCAAGCUCGAACUCGUUGAGGAGAACCAGCCCGUCUUUAAGGAAAAGAGCCCAGUCUCUGGGUCGUCUGGGUGAGGAAGCUGAAGGAGAGACUUACGAAUAUCAGGAGCUCAAUGAGGCUGAUCAGAGAAACGGCCAGUCGGUCUCAGACUGGAGCUCCAGAUCCAGACCGGUCCAGACCGAGAGCAGAUCCUCCAUUAUCUCCAGAGAUCCACGACCCAGAGCCAAGUCCAUGUUCAUGGGACAGACGGACAUUUUACUGGUGUCUACAGCUGGCCGUGAAGGACCCGGUGUCUCUAAAACAGACGAUGAACCCAAGCAGAGGCCCGUCUGGUGUCAUGAUGGAGAAAGACUGAACUCAGAUCAGCUCAAGAGGAGACCGCAGUCCACAUCCAACUUCACCGUGAAUUCAUUGGGAUUCCCAGCCAUUUCCAAACCCAAUGGCACUAGCAGUCCAAAACCAGGCCUUGUAACGCUAAGCAGUGACCAGAGAGCACGGCGUUCCUCCAACGAGCUGGUUUCUCCCGUCAGAUCCCCCGUGAGUCCCAGCGGACAGACGGCCGUCAGCAGAGUCACACACCAGCAGUUCAGAGCCGCGCUGCAGAUGGUGGUGGACCCCGGCGACCCUCGCCCCUCUCUGGAGAACUUCGUGAAGAUCGGCGAGGGCUCCACGGGUGUGGUGUGCAUCGCCCGAGAGAAGCACAGCGGGCGGCUGGUCGCCGUCAAGAUGAUGGACCUCCGUAAACAGCAGAGGAGAGAACUGCUCUUCAACGAGGUGGUUAUCAUGAGAGACUACAGACAUAGAAACGUGGUGGAGAUGUUCAGGAGUGCUCUGGUGGGUGAAGAGCUGUGGGUCAUCAUGGAGUACCUGCAGGGCGGCGCUCUCACCAACAUCGUCUCAGAAACCAGGCUAACAGAGGAGCAGAUUGCUACAGUGUGUGAAGCUGUUCUUCAGGCUCUGUGUUAUCUUCACGCACAGGGCGUCAUACACAGAGACAUCAAGAGCGACUCUAUCUUACUCACGCUGGACGGCCGGGUCAAACUGUCCGACUUUGGAUUCUGUGCUCAGAUCAGCAAAGACAUCCCGAAGAGGAAGUCGUUAGUCGGGACUCCGUACUGGAUGGCGCCCGAAGUGGUUUCAAAGAAGCUGUACGGCACCGAGGUGGACAUGUGGUCUCUGGGGAUCAUGGUGGUGGAGAUGAUCGAUGGAGAACCUCCGAAUUUCAGCGAGACACCGAUAGAAGCGAUGAAGAGACUGCGAGACGAGCCUGAGCCGACCGCAAGAAACAUCAGCAAGAUCUCUCCGGUCCUGAGGGACUUUCUGGACUCGAUGUUGACCCGUGAUCCUCUGGAGCGAGCGAGCGCCGGAGAUCUGCUCCAGCAUCCCUUCAUGCUGCAGGCCACUUCUCCUCGCUGUCUGGUGCCUCUAGUGGAGCAGCACCGCAAACACAUGUCCCACUGCUGACCUACGAGUCCCACAUUAGCACUUUUGACUGUGAAUGUUCCUGAUCUACUGAAACACUGAGCUGGACUGCUGACCUUCCCUCUGGAGACUCGCAGGAACAAUUCAUCCCAAACCCAUCAUUCUGUCGGCAUCCAUUCAGCUUAUUCUAAUGCAUUUGCACAGAAACUUUGACAUUACGUGUUGUGUGUAAUAUAGACUGAGCUGCUGGGUUUAUUAAAGCCAUCUGAUGAUUGUUCACAAUAUGCUGCAGGACAAUGAAUUAAAAGGUCAUUUUGUCCUUAUUUCUCGCAAUUCUGAAAAAAAAAAACAUAAUUGUGAAAUGUUAACUUACAAUUGCAAAACAAUAAAAAAAGGUAAUU